GUCUUGUUCAGAGCGUUCAGGAUGAAGGUGUUCCGGGUCAUUUGGCUGUUAGCUUUCGCAGUUUCCUCUAGGUGGGCUGCCAAGUUGCCCUUUCCUAGCCUCAGUACUGGAAAGCCUCUGAAAUUUCCUCAGCCCGGACAACUGUCAGGGCUCUAUGAAACACCAGCUGAAUCAUACAAAAAUACAGGCGAGGCCGGGAGUAUCGGUGGAAUAGCUCCAGUGCCUGUCGAGCCUUCAGGCCUGGGUGAGCCUCCAGCCGAAUUUGCUACAGGUCCUGAUACUCCUCAUGAAUCUGAAACGUUUGACAUAGUUCAAGGUUCUGUUGAAACUCCGAAGCAGGCAGAUUCAGUACUUUCUAAACCAGAGAGCGAGAUUAAAAUUCCAAGUGAAAUCGUACCAAUCCCAUCUGCAGAAUUCGGCCCUUCAGAUGGUGCAGUUUCAGGUCCAGUUGAACCCUCAGUUCUGAGUGAAACUUCCAGUGAGUUAGUUCAGCCUUCUAUAGAAAAUCAAAGUCAGGCAGCUAAACAGCCUCUUGUACCCUCAACUCUAUAUGAAACCCCCAGUGAACAAGCUGAACCUUCUCCGCAGCAAGAGAUUCCAGUUAAAGUAAUUCCCAGCUCUAUUUUGCCCACAGGUAAUCUUGAGACACCACUUCACCCUUCUGUAGAAAAUGGAAAACCAGUUGUGGUAGACUCGGGCUCUGACCAACCCUUAAGUCCACACGAAAAUUUAGAUGAUCUUGUGCCAUCUCCUGAUCAACUUUCUACAGCACAUGAGACCCUUUCAGGUGUGAUAUCAGGCGCCGCCGAUGAUCAACUUUUUACUGCACACGAGACACCUUCAGGUGUGGUAUCAGGCGCUGCUGGUGAUCAAAUUUCUACAGCAUAUGAGACCCCAUCAGAUGUGGUAGCAGGCGUUGCUGGUGAUCAACUUUCUAUUGCACACGAGAUUCCUUCAGGUGUGGUAUCAGGCGCAGCUGGUGAUCAACUUUCUACAGUACAUGAGACCCCAUCAAGUGUGGUAUCAGGCGCUGUUGGUGAUCAGCUUUCUAUAGAACAUGAGACUCACUCAGAUGUGGUAUCAGGUGCUGCUGGUGAUCAAUUUUCUACAGCACAUGAGGCCCCGUCAGGUGUGGUAUCAGGCGCUUCUGUUGAUCAACUUUCUACAGCACAUGAGACCCAUUCAGAUGUGGCAUCAGGCACUGAUGGUGAUCAACAUUCUACAGCACAUGAGAUCCAUUCAGAUGUGGUAUCAGGCGCUGAGGGUGAUCAACUUUCUACAGCACAUGAAGCCCAUUCAGCUGUAUCAGGUGCUGAUGGUGAUCAACUUUCUACAGCACAUGAGACCCAUUCAGAUGUGGUUUCAGGUGCUGAUGGUGAUCAACUUUCUACAGCACAUGAGACCCAAUCAGGUUUGGUAUCAGGCGCAUCUGGUGAAGAAAUUUCUACGGCACAUGAGACCCCUUUAGAUGUAGUAUCAGGUGCAGCUGGUGAACAAAUUUCUUCAGGACAUGUGAGCCCCGUAGAUGUGGUAUCAGGCGUUGUUGACUCUUCUGGUGGUCUUGAGACACCAAUUGAACAAUCUCCAGACAUUGUACAGUCUCCUGCAAGAGGCUCUCCAGACACCAUAAUUUCUGGAUCUGAUCUAUCAACGCUGCACGAGACUUCAGCAGCUGGAGCUGCAGCCUCAGACGUGCAUUCAGGUCUAUAUGAAACUCCAUCUCCACCUCCUCAGCCGUCUCCCUCACAAGAGAAAUCUAGUCAUCCGAUUAUCUUUCCAGAGACUCCACUUCAGCCAAUUCCAGCUCCCGCUGAGCCUUCCGCUUUAUAUGAAGAACCUAAACCAUCUGCUUCAGCUCCUUCAGGUCUUUACGAAGCGCCCAGGAAAAAAGGAAAAGCUUUGUUUUUAUCUAGUGAAACUCGAUCGGGGCUCUUUUCCUACUAAAUCAGUGGUUUACCAAGUGCCUGCUGGUGCCAACACACCUCUGGUUCACGCGAGUUAAUCUGCAGUUCACUUGAGCAAAGCUGGUGGCUACCUCGCUUUACACAAUUUCUAAUUAAGACUUGAUGCAAAAAAAAUUAAAGCUAAUUAACAACCAGCAAAACUUAUUAUAAGCUCGGUGCAUCAGAUGAUUUUGGUUUGAGUUAUUUCCGAAGUAUCUUGGUGAUUUUUAAAUGUAUUGUGCUGCAUAUAUUUAGGUAAUACAAGAUAAGAAAGCUUUAAGACAUA